GAUAACCUGCUAAAUAUAGGUGAGGCAUACGUGCUCGACUGUUAUACACCUUUUGAGUUGACUAGCCACACACUGAUGGGCUCCUUCAAUGUAGAGACAAUCUGCAAGCACCACAGGUGAACAUUCCAAUUCCAACUGUGACCAAUCUGCCAUGGCCGGUGAAGCAGAGACAAAGCGGCCACCCAGGAGACGUAUUGAACUUGCAGAUUUUCUGGAAGGAGGUGAUAAGACACGGACCCCAUCCCCAUGUACAUACAGACCAAUAGCCCCAUCGAAGAGAGAUCCUGGCCCCUCCUAUUCAAUGUCAACACAUCUCCUAAAACGCUCGGACGCCAUGCCAGGCCCUAGUGCAUACUCACCAGCAGCCCCAUGGGAGAGAGACCCUGGCCCCUCCUACUCACUCGGGUCAAGGCCGCGUGAUUUAUCCGUGAUGCGCACGCCUGGCCCGUCUGGUUAUAGACCGUCAUCGCCAUCCUCGCUACAUCCAGGACCCAAGUUCUCCAUCACCUCAAGACACAUGCCAUCCCGCUUUGCCACCACAGUUGAAGAGGAGUAAGAGUUAUUUCCCAUGUGUGUGCAAACUUAGCAGAGUGAGUGAGUGGGUGAGUUGGGUUUAACGCCGCUUUUAACAGUAUUCCAGUUAUAUCGCGGCGUGUCAGCUUUAUAAGUGAGGAUGGCCCCAAGUGAUGCAGGUCUCAGACGUUUACCACU